UGGAUUCCUAACUUGUUCAACUUCGUUGACACACACUUCCUCAAAGAAGAUGAAAGAGGCGUAGAAUUCAGACACAACUGUAACUUCAAUAUCUUCAUCGAUCACAAGCAGACAAACAUCUGGAAGAACUAGCAAUGGAAUCAGAGUUGGUACUUCACGAAGGAGGAUGCCAUUGUGGGAAAAUCAGAUGGAGAGUGAAAGCACCAAGAAGAGUGGUGGCAUGGAGCUGCAACUGCACAGACUGUUCCAUGAGAGGCAACGUUCAUUUCAUUGUUCCUUCAGGCGACUUUGAGCUUCUCGAUGAUUCCAAAGAUUUCAUCACCACUUACACUUUUGGGACUCACACGGCGAAGCAUACUUUCUGCAAGGUCUGUGGGAUCACAUCCUUUUAUAUCCCGAGGUCUAACCCCGAUGGCAUCGCAGUCACGGUUAAGUGUGUCAAGCCAGGGACACUGGACCACGUCGAGAUUAGAACCUAUGAUGGUCUAAACUGGGAAAAGUCGCACAAAGAGACCGGUAUUGCCUCGUUCUCCAAAGAGUCAUGAUGAAGUCAACUCAAGAUUGUAAUGACUUGUGAUCAGGAAGAAAGAAGCUUAAAGCAUGAGGAUUGAGGGGGGGAAACAAAUUGGAAAAUCUAAGUUUUUUUUUAUGUUUUGAGUGUUGUUCAAAUCUAUAACCUGUACCUAUGUUCAUCAUAUCCAUGUGACUUGUUUGUGGUUUGUUUAUGUUGCUAGGCUGCGAAGCUAGAGCAUAUAAUUAUAUA